GUGUUUGUAUUGCCAUACAAGUGUCACAACUCUAUCCAAAAGACAAAACAUGCCCUAUCAUUAAGAGAAAAAACAGUCCCAAUUCACCAACAAUAACCACAAAAACAGAUAAAAUUACAAAUCAUUCAAUACUCACUACCUCAGUCUACUACUACAAUGGAAGCCAUUCUUACCACCAAAAUCCCACUUCCUCUUUCUUCAUCAUCAUCUUCCAAUACAUCUUCUCUAAUUUCUCUAUCUUCCCUCUCAAUUCUAAGCAAACCCAUCAGAAAGCUGACUUAUCAAAGUAAUUACAAGAACACCCAGAUUUGGCCUUCUUUUAGAAUAAGAGCAAUGUCCCAAACUGCUCCUAUUUCUGUAGAAGCUUCUAGUAUUCCUACAGAAAUGAAAGCAUGGAUAUAUGAAGAAUAUGGAGGUGUUGAAGUUCUUAAAUUGGGUUCUAAUGUAAAAGUGCCUGAAUUGAAGGAUGAUCAAGUCUUGAUUAAAGUGGUUGCUGCUGCUUUAAAUCCUGUUGAUUUUAAGAGAAGGCUUGGCAAGUUUAAGGCUACUGAUUCUCCUCUUCCUACUGUACCAGGCUAUGAUGUGGCUGGUGUAGUUGUAAAGGUUGGUAGUCAAGUGAGCGAGUUCAAAGUAGGGGAUGAAAUUUAUGGAGACAUCCACGAGAAAGCGCUUGACGGCCCCAAGCAAUUCGGGUCAUUAGCCGAAUAUACUGCUGUGGAGGAAAAAUUGUUGGCACUCAAGCCUAAAAGUCUUGACUUUGCACAAGCUGCUGCUCUCCCUUUAGCUAUUGAGACUGCUUAUGAAGGUCUAGAAAGGGCCGGCUUCUCUGCUGGAAAAUCAAUCCUUGUUUUGGGUGGUGCUGGUGGCGUUGGAACCCUCGUAAUCCAGCUAGCAAAACAAGUUUUUGGUGCGUCAAGAGUUGCAGCAACGGCUAGUACAGGAAAAGUUGAUUUCUUGAAGAGCCUUGGCGUUGAUUUGGCUAUCGACUACACUAAGGAGAAGUUCGAGGACCUGCCAGAAAAGUUUGAUGUUGUGUAUGAUGCAGUUGGUGAAGGCGAAAGGAACGUAAAGGCGGUGAAAGAAGGGGGAAGCGUAGUGGUCUUAACAGGUGCAGUGACACCACCAGGUUUCAGAUUUGUAGUGACUUCCAAUGGAGAAGUACUGAAGAAGCUGAACCCAUAUCUCGAGAGUGGAAAAGUGAAGGCCGUUGUCGAUCCUAAGGGACCGUUCUCAUUCGAUAAGGUUGAUGAGGCCUUCUCGUACCUUGAAACAAAUCGCGCUACUGGGAAAGUAGUCAUCCACCCCAUUCCCUGAGUUUAAACUGCUAAGCUCUAACAAUAUUCGAACUUAGCUGAUGAGGCAAAUUUUGUUGAGCAAUCGAACAGUGAACUAUGUUGAUUAUAUAGUCAAUGAUAAUUCAAAUUUUGUUUCUUUUGUUCA